UCAGUAAAAGUCAUUGUGAAACAUACAGCCGGACACUGGGGCCAGCGGGUUGUAGACUUCCUUCGGACCGUCGGCAAAUUUGCCGGAAUUGUCCGAGGGUCAGACGCUAUUUGUGGACACUGGUUACUGACUGUGUAUUCACCUGAUGAAGGAUUUGAUGUGCUUCCAACAUGUCUACAAUAAUGAAGAAGCUGAAGUACCUGGAGUUUCCAGACUGUACACGUGAAGCUCUGUCCUACCUCGCCACAUGCUUCUCCUCACAGGAGGGAGCUGCUAUACCAGGCCUUGGGGGUGGGGCCGAGAACUUUGCUGCUGAUGUUUGCAGUGAAUACAUACUCUUCAGGACAAGGAAGAAGAAAAAGAAACUGAGUGCUAUACAAGAACUCCAGUUGUUAGAGAUGCUUUGUACAUGCUUCAAAGAAACCCCAACGAAGAGCAAAUAUCAUAUUUUCAAUUUGAUCUGGGGUAGGGGAGACAACUCCAGCAACACUUUGCUGACAAAGCUGGUUUCUAUGGCUCUGUCAGUAAGCUGCAGCCCUGUGUUGGAUUGUGCUGCUAUCUGGAUGCAGGAGAGAGGUGCAGACAGCCCUUGUGUGCUGGACCUGAGUCAGAGGGUGGUGGAAGAUUAUUGUCUUCUCUUCCCGAGUCCCUCUCAAGUCUUCCUCAAACUUCCGUCAGUCUCCCCGCUGUUUGUCUGUAACUUCAUAGCAUCUGUGACUUCCAUACACACCCUUGUGGACAAGAUGAAGAUCCUGCCCCAAACCUUGCUAGAGCAUGUGACAGAGUGGAUCACAGAGGACUGCACCCUGUGUUGCGAGUCAGUACGACAAGUCAGCAUCCACAAUACCUACUGUUCCCCGAUCCCGGGACUCACAGGCUGGUGUGUGCGGGGACCAAUCAUCUUCAACAUGCUGCGCGAUUGUAAACCACGCAACAUCUCACAGGAAAAUAUCACGAAAACAUUGAGCAUCCUGUCUAAACUCCAUCUGGGGCUGCUUCAGAGUCUGCAGUUUUGUGAAAACACACACAUGUCACAGUAUCUGUUGACAGUAGGCGAUGUGAUGAAUAUUCUAAACUCGGUGGUGUACCUGCAGAAGAAGGCGGGACUUGCAGCUGACAACCCUGACCUUCACACUGCCAUCGAGAGACUGGCACAAGUGAUGCAAGUUGCUAUUGUUAGCGGCUGUCUCAGGAUGGAUAGAGGCAACUUCCAGGAACUGAGAUCUAUAGUGGCUACAUAUCUUCCCUCAAAUCGACUGCUUCACAUGGUUCUACAUCAUCUUGGAGGAGAAGAGACUCCAAUGGAUAUCAGGUGAUCAUAUGAUCAUCUUGUGAUCCACGUUAUCAUGAAGAAGAGACUUUAAGUGGAUAUCAGGUGAUCAUGUGACAUGCUUGUGAUCAUGUGACAUUCUUGUGACCAUGUGACAUGCUUGUGACCAUAAUCUACAUAAUUUUGUGUGGAGGAAGGACUCAUGUAGACAUCAGGCGAUCAUACGUCUUACGAUCCUGGAUUAUGGUCUCACUGAACUUGAUAUGGAGUUUAUGAUAAACACAGUGCUUUCAAAAUCGGAAUAUGAAUCAUUAAAAGGCAUUUUGUUUACUUGAGAGUGUACGGAAUGAUUUUGCUGUCAGUUUGAUGAAAAGCGUUGGUCAAGAAUAGUUUUUGAAAACUUUAUGUCAUGUUUUGUUAACACCGAUACAUUGCUAUAGAAUAGUGUUCAAACUGGGUCAAGUAUGUAACUGCAUUCAUUAUUGUUAUAUAAACUCAUUGUCAAGCUCGA